AGCACGCGUCGCAGCCCCAGUGUUUUAGAGGGAAAAUGUAUCGUCUUCGUUCCAAGUCUUUUACCGGAAUCGCUCUCAACACCUUUUUGUCUGCUGUGCCGCUUGAAGAAGUUUAUUUUAGAAGACAACAUAGUAAAAACUGGUCGUGUAUUGGCUGAUUUUUGUUGUUAGCGCUUUAACUUAGCACGAAAAUGCCAAGAUCCAAGAAGAAGAGCAAUAGAGGCAACGGAGGCCAACAUGGCGCUGGGCAGCCUUUCAGUGACGAGGAUGCCUCCAUCGAGACGCUCAGCCACUGUAGCAGCUACAGUGACUCAGUCAGCGUGGCGGAAGAAGCAGGGGAAUCGGGGGAAGACUCGGCUCAGGAAGACUUCCAGUUCAAGCUGAAGGUUAUCAUCGACAGCACUGUGGACAAGAGUGCAAAGACCAGGCAGGGUGCGCUUGACAGUUUGAAGACAGCAAUGGCUACGAAGAUCCUGUACGAGUUCAUUUCAGAUCAGAGGAUGACCAUCACAGACAGCAUCGAGCGCAGCUUAAAGAAAGGCAAGGGAGAGGAGCAGCGGGCGGCAGCCUCACUGGCCUGCCUGCUGUGCAUCCAGCUGGGCUCAGGCAUCGAGAGCGAGGAGGUGUUCAAGGCCCUCAAGCCCAUCUUCAAGACAAUCCUAUCCGACGCCUCGGCCAACAUCCAAGCCCGACAGGCGUGUGCUACGAGUUUGGGCCUGUGUACGCUGGUGGCUGAAGAUGAUAUCUUGGAUGUGUGUGGCACCAUGGAGCUCUUUGAGAGUCUGUUCACACGCUCCUACUCGCGGGCGGACGGCAGCCGGCCCUCGGUGACCCCCCAGACCUCGCAGCUGCACACCAACGCGCUGCUCUCCUGGGCCCUGCUGCUGACCAUUAGCAGCGGCAGCCACAUCCGCACAGUCCUGCACAAGCACCUGCCCAAGCUUCCUGGUUUGCUAGAGAGUGAUGACGUGAACAUGAGGAUCGCCGCAGGAGAGACCAUCGCCCUGCUGUUUGAGCUGGCCAGGGACAUCGAGCCUGACUUUGACAGUGAUGAAAUGGAGAGUCUGUGUGAGAAACUGGGCGCCCUGGCCACCGACUGCAACAAGCACCGGGCCAAGAAUGACAAGAGGAAGCAGCGGUCUGUCUUCAGGGACGUCCUCAAGGCCGUGGAGGAGGGAGAUUUCCAGACGGAGACCAUCCGUUUUGGCACCGAGCGUAUGACCAUUGACAGCUGGAUGAGGAAGAGGACCUACGACGCCUUCCGCGAGUUUGUGGGCUCUGGGAUGAACUACCACCUGCAGAGUAACGAGUUCAUAAGGGACGUGUUUCAGCUGGGACCACCAAUACUGAUCGAUUCCGCCACACUCAAGGCCAUGAAGACCUCUCGACUGGAAAGGCAUCUGUACAACGCUGCAGCCUUCAAGGCUCGGACCAAGGCCAGGAACAAGUUUCGGGACAAAAGGGUGGACGUGGGAGAAUUUUAGAUUUAUUAGUUUGUUUUUGCUCUAACCUUACAUAUUAUUUUUUUUUACAUAUUAUAACCAGUUAAAUUUCUUUCUCUAUUGUAUGGUAGAAUUAAUAAUGUGUUUAGUUUUUUUAUUUUAUUUUUUCUAAUUUAUCAAGUUAUUUAAAUGUGCACUUUGUGUAUACAGUUAUAACUGUUAUUUUUUUUGUUAUUCUUCAGUCAAUCAUGAAAUGCUAUGUAUUCUUUGAUAACUACAGUUGUAUUGUUUAGAAACUGUAUGGUGGCGUUAGACCUAGUUGUGUAUUAUGUUUAAGUAGUAUGGUAAGGAAGAAGCGCCUCUAAUAAAUAUGAAAUAUUACACUAUUA